ACCACCGCUAGGACCUUGAUCCGUUUCGUCGGCUCUCCCCUCGAGGACGUGGUCAGCAGGAAUGGCCCCAAUGGCGAGCGAUGGCGCAGCGUGCUAGAAAUUAUCGGCAAUGCAAUAGAGAGAGCUGAACCACGUAUCACUGCAGCAGACAUCCAGGGCGCCAUGGCACAUUUGUCCUCGAAGGACAGGGACGACCCGAACGACGUUAUAACGAUGGGGGUACAGACCCAGUCUGGCACUCGUGUGGGAACGGUCCAUGUACAUGUCGAUGGCACCUGGAAGUUCUUUGCCUCUCGAAUCGGACGAGAUGGGGGAUAUGCUGCCAAUAUCCAGAAGGCCAAUAUU